AUGUCGAAUCCGCCUGUCGAUGUAGCACACAAGCCAGCGGUCUCCACCCGACGAAGGCUACAGAACCGUAAGGCACAGCAAAAGUUUCGAGGUGAGGUCUCGCAGCCGCUAAAUAUGGAGAAUAAUGCGAAGUCCGGCAUCGGUGAUCUCUUCGAUCUUGACCUCGCUGGUGCUAUAGAAGGCACAGAUGAUGAUCGGCCACACAAUCAUCAACAACUUGAAAUGCUUCCUGAUCCGGAGUUUGCGGGUCCGUCUUCAAUCGGCUUCGAGCAGGUGCAGUUUCCGUGGCACGCGCAGGACGCAUAUCCCUUCCCCGCAACGCCACAACUCUCGCACUCGCUUGAUAUGAGGCUGGAAGAUAUUACAGCAAUGCUUUCAUCAUCUGCAGAAUACACGCACGGAAAGGCAUUCAAGUCCGGGAGCGUCGGUUCGGAGGAAUUUCGUCCGCUGCACCAGCCUUCAAGGUCGGGAGAUCUGACGAGUGAUGAUUGGCUCAGGCACCGAAGGCUGCUUUCGAGCGAUUCCAUCACUCCUCCGAACGGAGAGACACCAUCCUCGGCUGUCUCCCUGCAGUACAAUCCUUUCACAAACGCGUAUAUCUCCUCAGAAGGGAGCUCGGCGACAAAUUCCACAACAGAUCUCGAACGGCUAUCCGUCAUACAGCCUUCAGAAUCGAGUCGGAUCAGUCCCCGACCGAACGUACCUCUCCUUCACGUCGCGAUUCAAACCCGCAAGAAGUCCAUGGUCCGAUUGCUACUCCGUCGCGGCGCGUGUCAUGUGAACGAGCGGGAUCCAGACGGCCGCACAGCACUACACGUCGCUGUGCAAUCUGGUAAUCAAGAGAUAGUAGAGGUUCUUGUCAAACACGGAGCAGAUCCCAAAGCGGCGGAUAGAAAUGGCCUUGACGCUCUGCGUUAUGCCGUGGAGCAAGGACAGGAGGAGAUUUGUGGUGCCGAUAAGUUCGCCUCCAACAUCGCUCUGCUCUCAGCUCGUUUACUCAUAAGUGUUGCACAGCUGAUGGCAUGCAACUGGCACCAUGCUCACCGCGGUGCCCAGUCGCACUCACGCCAACCAUCUGACCCGGCGACGUGGGCCGAUCUUCCGGGCAGAACCCGAGUAAGCGUUAAUAAUAGAAUAAGGUACGACCCGGCACGGGACCUGCUCUUGUCCACUGCCCCUGCAUUCCCGCUCGUCUCGGCACGCAUUGCCGACAAUAUUGGCACUCGAAAGCACAGGAUAGAAUUGACCAGGAGGCCAUCAAAUGUCGAAAUGGAAAUCAUCUCUGUCCCACGCCUGCCUUUGACCCCCUCUGGUGCAAGCAGCACCAUGUGCAGAGCUCGACUCCAGCAGCUGAACAGAGGAAAUCCUUCGCCUUCUGCACCAGUACCACAUCCGUACCUACAACGCCAAUGUAAGCAUCCCGCGAUCACGACCCGUCUCGAGAUCACCGGAGCGGAGGGAGAUUUCUCUGCUCCCGGAGAUUACGGCGCUGAUCUGAAGCUUCUCUGCUCUGCGCGGUACUCGCGAACCAAACUCCCCUUGGCGACACAGGAGCCUCACAAUGGACGAUAUGUCGAAUUUUCAGAUGCACAAAGGAAUAGGUGCUGA